ACUCCUGAGUGCGACGGCGCCUCCGUCGCGUGGCGAGACGGGCGAGCGGUGCCGCUUUCGGCGGGGCCUCAGUGAUCCCGACGCCGCGGCAUGGCCCAGUUCCAGCGAGUCGCGCACGCGUGCCUGCUUCUGGCCGUACUAUCGCUAACGGUCGCCUCGCCCGUUGAAUACACGGUGGCCGUCAUCAUGGUCUCCGAGUCCGAGGAGAACCGCUUCGACAUCCAGCGCAUCGGACCGGCCAUCGACAUCGCCGCCGAAGAGAAGUGCCGGACAGAUUACGCGACCCAUCUCAAGAUCAUAGAGGCCUACUAUCCCAAACGGUGCUCGGAGCGCUACGCCAUCGGUCGAGCCACCGAUCUUCUGGCGGCUGUAACGAGGGUGGCUGCCUUUGUGGGUCCCUCGUGCAGCAGCGACCUGAACAUUGUGGAGCGCUACGCCAACUACAGGCAGAUUCCUGUGGUGACCGGCCUCGGAGACAGCUUCGAGCGCAAGCCGAACCAGUCGUCAACGCUCAUCAGGACGUCGUACGUGUUGAGGGACAAGGCGCGGGCCAUCCUCGCCUUCCUGGGUCACUUCCAGUGGACCCACUUUGGGAUCGUGUACCGCGACCGGAAUAUCUAUUACGAGACCCUGUACAACGAGCUCGCGGACCUGGCCGAGGGCGUGAACAUGACCGUCACCUGCAAACGGCAUUUCCUCAGAGACGACAAGACCAAGAUGGUGCUGUCGGACCUGCGGACCAUCAUGGCGGAUAUUAAGAGAUGUGCUCGAAUUGUGGUUCUCCUGUCCGGCGAGAAAGAAGUGCGCACCAUGCUCGAGCAUGCACAAGAUCUCGGCAUGACCUCUUCAGGGGAGUACGCAUUCCUCUAUUCCGAGCUUUUUCAAAGCGAAGCAGCGGGAAACAUAUCCUGGUCAACCGGCGUCGAUGAUGCAAGACGGCGAGAGCGGCUCCGCAAGGCCUUCGAAUCCCUUUUAAUAAUCAGCCUCAACCAGCCGGUAUCUGAAGAGUACCUACGCUUCUCCAACGAGGUGAAACGUCGUUCGCGAAAGAAAUACUCGUUCACAGGUGACAUGGAGCAAGUGGUGAACUACUUCACAGCAAGCUUUCACGACGCUGUGGUCAUGCUCUGCAAAGCGAUCAAUGAAACUGUGACCGUGGGGUUGGACCCCUACGCUGGUGUCAACCUGGUAAACAGGAUGCGGAACGCCAAUAUAUCAGGUGUAUCAGGGAGGGUGGUCAUCGACAACAACGGCGACAGAAUUGCAGACUACGCUCUUCUCGACCAGGUAGAUCCGCAGACGGGACAUUUUGACGUAGUCUUAAAAUAUUUUGGGGCAAAUCAAAGCUAUCAGUUGGUCAACGAUAUCCACUGGCCAGGAAAGGGACCACCAGUGGACGUUCCCUUCUGCGGUUUUGACGGCAAAGACCCGAAAUGUUUGAAGACUGAUGACUUUCCCUUCAUAGAAACCAUCGUCAUAUCGGUCUUGGUCUUCAUUGUCGUCAUCUUGAUCUGCGCAUUUCUCGUUUACAGAAAGAUGCAAUUAGAGAGCGCCAUAGCAAAUAUGUCCUGGCGCAUCAAGUGGGAAGAAAUCACCUUCACACGGAACCAACGAAGCAGUUGGAUGAUGAGCCGACUUUCCAUAACAAGCGCGAUGUCCUCAAGGAUGGAGAAAGGUUGGGUACAUUGGACUCCAGAUCUCCGGGACAGUGCUUUUCUGGAAGCAGGAAGUAAGGCCAAUGAACAGCAGUUUAGUCUGACUGGAGCCUUCAAGGGCACGAUUGUGUCUGUGAAGAGGUUGCAUCAUCAGAAAAGGAUUGAGCUUACAAGAAAUGUUCUGAUCGAGCUCAAGCAGAUGCGGGAAACCCAGCAUGAAAAUAUUGCCAGGUUCGUCGGUGCCUGCAUAGAUGUGCCUAACAUCGCAAUACUCACGGAGUACUGCCCCAAAGGAAGCCUUCAGGAUGUGCUACAUAACGAUUCGCUCCGGUUGGAAUGGUUAUUUCGUUACUCACUCAUCAACGACAUUGUGAAGGGAAUGACGUACCUGCAUGGAACCGAAAUAGGCUCGCAUGGCCGUCUACGGAGCUCGAACUGUGUAGUGGACAGCCACUUCGUCCUCAAACUUACAGAUUUUGGACUACCUACUUUUAGAAAAGACGAGACAUACGUCCCCUACGUCAUCGAAGGUUCUCAAAAGUACUUGUGGAAAGCUCCCGAACUUCUGCGUUUAAAGCAUUGUUCACCAACGGGGACCCAGAAAGGAGAUGUUUACAGCUUCGGAAUAAUUCUUCAGGAAAUAAUUCUCCGAGAAGACGCAUUUUAUCCCCAUUGCGACCACCUAGAAACCUCUGAUAUCGUGGCUCGUGUGAUAACACCAGAGGAUCCUCCUUUCCGGCCUGUGGUGGAUCGAGAUGCGUGCAUCAGCGAGUUGCACCAGCUCAUGACGCGCUGCUGGGCCGAGGACCCCGACGAGCGACCCACAUUCAACCACAUCAAGGUCAUGAUGAGGGUCAUCAACAGAGGAUACCAUGGAGAAGUCAACAUAAUGGACAACAUCAUGGCUCGCAUGGAGCAAUACGCCAAUGAGCUGGAGGUUCUUGUGGAGCAGAGAACGGCUGCAUUUUUGGAAGAAAAGCGCAAGUCAGAAGAGUUACUCUACCAAGUCCUCCCUAGGUCGGUUGCAGAGCAACUGAAGCGUGGAAACGCAGUAAUUCCGGAGUUGUAUGAUAGUGUGACGAUAUACUUCAGUGACAUCGUCGGAUUUACCUCCAUGUGUUCCUCCAGCACUCCAAUUCAGGUUGUAGACUUUUUGAACGAUCUGUACACGUGCUUCGAUGCCGUGAUAAGCGACUUUGACGUCUAUAAGGUAGAAACCAUAGGGGACGCUUACAUGGUUGUGUCUGGGCUUCCAGAUCGGAAUGGUCACAACCAUGCUAGAGAGGUCGCCCGCAUGGCGCUCAGCCUGCUCAGGGCGGUGCGAAACUUUCGAAUCAGACACAGGCCUGACGACACGCUCAAGCUCCGGAUAGGCAUGCAUACAGGACCCUGUUGCGCUGGUGUAGUUGGUCAAAAGAUGCCUCGUUACUGCCUCUUCGGUGACACAGUCAACACCGCUUCAAGAAUGGAGUCAAACGGCGAGCCACUACGAAUUCAUGUCAGUCCAGAUACGAAGGCCGUUUUGGAACGAUUCGGGACGUUCCACUUGCAACCUCGUGGUGGUAUCGAUAUCAAGGGGAAGGGCCUAAUGCACACGUUCUGGCUUUUGGGAGAGCACUCCAAGGAUGUCCUGUUACAUGAUGGCAUAAAGAAAGUAAUGAUAUAGUGAAGUUGCAGGAACCUAUCUCCUAGAUCACCAUUGAUCACAAGACACAGUGGAAUGCAAAAAGUUUUGGGUUUUCUUCUUUUUUAGUGGAAACAAGCCAAUAAAUCUUACCGA